GCACUGCCAGGGUUACAGCCUCUUGGUUCACUCCUUACCUGGGAAACAAUGCUCUGCUCUCCACAAUCAUCCACUGACAGCCAGAGACCAGAGCCACGAUGACAGAACGCACAUCUAAAAAACAGGGAUUUAAAAAGUGUCAGAGUGCCACUUUCAGCAUUGAUGGAUUCAGCUUCACUAUCUUUGCCAAUGAGGCGGGAGAAGGCAACCACCGUCCACUAGCCCGCUUUGCCCGCUCACAGUCCCAGAAUGCACUAUGCACCGCUGUCACAGCCCGCACUGGCAACAUUGACCACAAAGGAAUUCUGAUCGACCCGCGCAGCACAGAGGAGAUCCUGGCUGAUGAGCUGCCUAGCGCUGAUGCACCCAACGCCAUGGAGAAGACUGCUAUCAGGUUGCGAUGUCUUGUAAAGCAGCUGGAGAGGGGAGAGGCAUCUGUGGUGGACCUGAAGAAAAACCUGGAGUAUGCCGCCUCAGUCCUUGAGUCUCAAUACAUCGAGGAAACCAGGCGGCUGCUGGAUCCAGAAGAUGAGCUGAGCGACAUCCAGUCAGACUCUGUGCCAUCAGAGGUUCGUGACUGGCUGGCUUCCACUUUUACCCGGCAGAGGGGACUGAUGCACCGUAAUGAAGACAAGCCACGCUUCCGUAGCAUUGUCCAUGCAGUGCAGGCUAGCAUCUUUGUGGAGAGGAUGUACAGACGGACCUCCAACAUGGCUGGCCUCAGUUAUCCUCCAAAUGUCAUCACUGUGCUCAAGCAUGUGGACAUGUGGUCCUUCGAUGUGUUUGCACUGAAUGAUGCUAGUGGAGACCACGCUCUCAAAUUUGUCUUCUAUGAGCUGCUCACCAGAUAUGACUUGAUCAAUCGUUUCAAGGUCCCUAUUUCUGCUCUCAUUUCAUUUGUGGACACGUUAGAGGUGGGCUACAGAAAGCACAAGAACCCCUACCACAGCCUGAUCCAUGCUGCUGACGUCACACAGACCAUCCAUUACCUGCUCCUCAAGACUGGCAUGGUGCACUGGCUAACUGAGUUGGAGAUCUUCGCCAUAAUUUUUGCAGCUGCCAUCCAUGACUAUGAACAUACAGGGACCACCAAUAACUUCCAUAUUCAGACCAGGUCAGACACAGCCAUGUUGUACAAUGACCGAGCUGUUCAGGAGAACCACCAUGUCAGCUCUGCCUAUCGCCUUCUACAGGAUGAUGAAGAAAUUAAUAUCCUCUCUAAUCUUUCCAAAGAUGACUGGAGAGAACUGCGGACUCUAGUAGUGGAGAUGGUGUUGGCUACAGACAUGUCCUGCCACUUCCAGCAGCUCAAAGCCAUGAAGACCUUCCUGCAGCAGCCUGACGCGAUUGACAAACCGAAGGCCUUAUCCCUGCUGCUGCACACUGCUGACAUCAGCCACCCUGCCAAACGCUGGGACCUCCAUCACCGCUGGACCAGAUCCCUGCUGGAAGAGUUCUUCAGACAGGGUGAUAAAGAAGCAAAGCUGGGUCUACCUUUCUCCCCUCUCUGUGACCGCAAAUCCACCAUGGUGGCCCAGUCCCAGAUUGGAUUCAUUGACUUCAUCGUGGAGCCAACAUUCACUGUGUUGAUGGAAAUGAUUGAGAAGAUUGUGACACCGCUUAUUGAGGAAGCAUCUCGCUCUGGAUUGGCUGGCUUCAGAAACUCUAGUGUCAACAGUAUUAGUGGCAGCGAUGGAAAGCAUUCCAGUGUGAAGAGUCCAUGCUCAGAGGACAGUUGCUGUUUGACCACACUGGACUUCAAGAGCUUCAAGGCAACGUGGAACCAGGAGAUUUGUCACAACAGGGAGACAUGGAAGGCCCAUGCAGCCAAAGACCUGGAGGAAAAUGUCAAGAAAGAGGCAGAGAAGAAAGACUCAAGGAGAACUGCUGACAGACCCAACACAGGCAGGGAUGAUAUGAAAACAGACGUGGUGAGACAGGAGGAGGUGGAGCGCAAGAGGCAGCAGGAGGAGCCUAAAGAGGAGGAAGGGAAAAACAAUCCAGGAGGAGCUGCAGGUUCCCUGCUGAGAUCAGGCCAAAACUACGCAGACAAGAAGAAGCCCGAGGGCCACACAGAAAAGCAGCAACAGCAGUGUCAGAAUGACCUGCAGGCUGACUGCCCACUGAUCCAUUACUGCAAGAGACCCAGCUACUGUGCCAGCUCCUAUCAGCUGGUCAGGUCAAAGGUCACGGAAAUGCGGCCCAUUGAUGACAGGAGAAAAGCCAGGAGACUGCAGCACAUCUCCCUGCGUCGCCGAAAGUGACCUUAUAAUAUAGAGUGUCACACAGUGUGAUGUCACAUCAGAAGAUUUUAGUACAUGAUAAACAGUCUUUGUUUAUAAUUACAUAUUGCAGCCUUGUAUUCAAGUUGAUCUUCUUCAUUUUAAUCUCGUACACUGUUGCUGCAUCAUCACUGCCCUCUACUAGUAUUGUCUCUCCCCUUUACCACUGCCAACACCUCUUGGACUAUCACGUCCUUUAAAUCUCGUCAACUUGUUUUUUUGCAAAAUGCAUUUUUAGCAGUAAUUUGACUGGUUGCUCUGUAUGUUCAACUGUAGAUCAGAAAUGUGUUAUGUGCUCUUGGAAAACAGGGAAAUAACAAAGUCUAAAGUCUAAAGUCUAAACGCAGUCCAGUCACUUCAAAAUAUAAGAACCAUAACAACGACGAGGAAAAGCCUCUAUUUUAAAUGAAAAAAGGCCAACAUGCUUGGAUCACUUUGGUUCUUCAUCAGGGCCGUUUUCAGCCCCGACAAAACAUUUAUUUAAACGGAAACUGUGGUGCCUUGAACAACCUGUUGUGUACGCUAGCGCACUGCCCUUUACUGCCUUUUACUACGGCUAUGUUUAAAUACUUGUCGCAGCUGAUUGGGUUACACCUCUGACACGCCCACCAAAAGGGAGAAAACAUCCCAUAUGGAAAAGAUAUAGAUAAAUUUUACAAAAUGUUUAUAUAUUUUAUGUGAAACUAAGUACGUAAUAUAUACACAGUCGAACAAGAUACAAGAUCCAUAGUUGUGUAAUAUGAGAUAAUUUGGGAACUUGUAAGUUCUAUAUAUGACAGUAAAUCCACAUACAAUAUUCAUAGUAGAUAUGUGUAACAUCAAAGUCAUAUGAGUUGUGCAACAAUUAGUGAAACCGAAAUCCUGUAGUAUUGUAUAAAAACCUUACAAGUCACAUAUAUGAGACAUUAAAUUACAUGAUAAGAUGACCAAAAAGAGUUUAGGGUAUUUCUAAGCUUUAUUAGCAAUUGUCUGGUUUUUAGCUGACACUUUCUUCAAUCUCAACUUGUGAAUUUUCCUAAAAUGAUUACAUGAGUUUUAUUUGUUGUUAUUUAUUUAAGAUUGUAUGAGCAAUUAUAUCCAAUAAAAUAGGCAAAAUGUAUUUUUAUUUACACAGUUAGAUUUUUUAAAGUUCUUGUGUAUGCAUAAAAUAUUCAAAAGCGCCAUGUAAUGUAUUCAAUAUUAAGCAAAAUAAAAGGACCCACUCACUC